AUGAAGUCCUCUGAAGUGCAGAAGGACUCCAUACGGGCAGCUAUCUUGAUGGAGUGCGUGAAGAACAAGUCAUUGGAUGUCGUUUACCAGAGAUCUGUCUUGUACCAGCGACUGACCUCCCAGGAGACACGCAACCUGGUCUACGAGUGCUGCCUGGAGUUGGUGGAGGACCCCCAGAGGCGACGCGAUGUGGGCCAACUGAUUCUUAACUGCAUCUCCAGCUUCCCACCAUCGCAGGCAACGCUACAGGCAAUCGCUAACAAGUGCAGACCCUAUGCUACUAGUCGAACCCCGUACAGUGGUAUCUACCAAGAGCUGAAGACUGUUAUCGAUACAUACCUUCAUCAUAAACCGCUAAGUUACAUGCUUGGCCGCACUCUGCCACGAGGAAAGGAAGGACUUAUCUUUCGUCAGAGCGAGUUAAGUAGGAAUCCGGAUUACAUUCAAAAAUGCACCCUGCAGCCUCCAAUAGCGCAGCAUACGGAGAAGGGAAAGCGCAUUGUACCACUCUCCAGCUGGUCAAAUGAGGAACUGGCAGUGACUGCUGGGGAAAAAAACAGAGCACGCAGCGGUCUUUGGACAGUGAAGUAUCAUGUCGUUGGAUGCAAAGAUUAUGUGAAUCAACUUCCGCUGGAAUGCACGGAGGCGGUCAUUGAUCAGCAAGUACGGGUGUUGAACUCUUUUUGGGAAAAAUAUACUACGAAUCCGGCUCUACUUCGAGCGACAUCGUUUCUUAUUAAAUUAAUGUGCGAUGCAUAUGUGUCGAAGAUUCCCUUGCAGUCCAAUUACUCAUUUUUCCGCUCGGUUAGUAUCUGUUACCUUCCGACACUGUUUGAUUUAAUGGGUAGUACUUACGCUUGUGUUCGAAACCAUGUAUACGACAUUCUCUUAACAUUGGGCAUACAUUUUCAACUUGUGGAUACGCAGGGAAUAUUUCCAGGCUGUUCAGAGGCUCUUGAAGAGGAAUUGAUUUGGAUGCUUUUAACCGUGUUGCGUAAACAAUCUCUUCAUGAAAGUAGUGAUGAAAUGGUAUGGACGGCUGCCGCGAAGUGUGCCCUGGCCAUCAUCCCUCCCCACAAACUUUAUCUCAUUGAUGUUCGUGCACUGUAUCAGUUCUUAUCUCUUCCCAUUAUUAUUGCGUAUCAUCCUCAUCUAUACACCACCUUUGCGGAAGCCUUUGCAAAGCGAAUUUUGCGUUGGGACCCCGCUGGUGAUGCGACGGAAGAAGUGUUGGUUUUGGAUGAGGAGGAAUUUAAAAAGUUGGGCCACCAGCCUGUCGCCAAGCUGCUCUACUUGUACCGUCAGUCAAUGACGUUGGGUGCUCGUUUGGCUUUUUUUCAGGUUCUUUUUACACAUGCGGUGACUGUACUUCAAAGUCGAUCCUCUCUCUCAAGGUUGUACCCGAGAGUUCUGCGGCGUUGCUACAUUGAAUUGGUGAAAGUCGGGUUUCACUGGCACCUGCACUCGCUGCUUUUUUACCAGUCCCAUCAAGUCUUCCGUGAGCUUCCAGGGCAUAUUACAUACGAUAUGGACGUUAAGGAAAUGCGGGAGUAUAAAACAGAGGCAGUUGCUAUUGUUGAGUGUAUCUUACAGAUUGUGGAGGAGGAUGCGCGAUUACCAGAUGUUAUUAUGAAUGCUUUUAGAAACACUUUAGGUUCACGAACCGAAGAACGUGCGGAUCUUGCAACAGUGCUCACAGACUGCUUGUCUAUGAUUCCAGCCAUGUUAAAAGAGGAUACGGAUGGUGAUUUGUACAACAUUGGCUGGCGGAUGGCGUUCUACUGCAUGCGACUCAGUAAAGAGAACCUGGGAAAUGAGCGAAGCACGGCGAUCAUUGAGACGUUGGCGACAAAUUUGGUUUCUUUUUCCGGGUCAACGGAUCGGCUCGAGCUGGCAAAAAUUAGGAGCGUGUGUCCGGAUGUUUUAGCCUCUCUAAUGUUUCUGGGACGGAAACACGCAAAUCAGGCGGUGGAGCCGUUUAGCACGUUGAUCUUGCGGUUUUUGCUCGAUACGGAGGUAGUUGACGUCCAGACUGUGAUGCGGCUCUACUACCGUCUAAUUGGGUCAAUGUCUAUUCAGAAUGGUCCCUUAAAUAAAUCUCCCGAGGCGGAUAUUUCACAGAUGCUGUGUAGUGAGCAGCUUGUAACGGCUCAAUCCAUUGUGGAUGAUAUUGGGGCACGUGUGCUAUGGGCUCUUUACAGAUCCCUUUACCCGGUGCAAAUGUUUUCUGUCUGUCGCGCACGGCAUGUGUUGGCCUCUUUUUUGGACGAAUUGGAACCCGUGGGUGGAAGCAGUCAGGCACACUCGUGGAAGGCCGUCAUGGCGGACCCGUAUCCACCUGUGGCAUUGAUAGGGGCGCAGAAAAUUCUCCAAAUGUACGGUAGGAGCGCGUAUGACCGAUUUGAUGAGGCGAUGAGCAUUCCCCAAAAGAGCGAAAAGGGCGAUUCCGUCUAUGCUCUUGCUGUCAAAGUGGCUCAACUGGCGGAGUCAAGAAAGGAGUGA